CUGGAGGAGCUCGGGCACAGUGUAUAUAAGUGCCGCAGCGGCCGUCCACCACAGACAGCUCCUCCCUCUCGCUUGGUCAACAUGAACGCUCUGACGGUGCUAUGCCUGGUGGCUGCUGCUGCAAGCUGCAGUAGUCAGCUGAGUUACCCCGGGGUGUACGGUGGCGCGUAUAGCGGUUACCCUGGAGUGUAUGGCGGCUACCCUGGAGUGUAUGGCGGCUACUCUGGAGUGUAUGGCGGUUACCCUGGAGUGUAUGGCGGUUACCCUUCCGCAUCACCUAUCAACGCCCUCACACCUUACAACGCAGCUCCUCUUGCCCCUGUAUCCCCCGUUCAGUCCAAGUACCACCUUCAGGACGAACUGGGUCAGUACUCCUUCGGCUACGCUGGUGGUCCUUCUACUCGCUCCGAAACCCGUGACGCUUUCGGCAAUGUCCGUGGACAUUACAAUUACAUCGACGCAGACGGCAAAGUACAGACCCAGCACUACGUGGCCGACGCCCUGGGUUUCCGUGUGGCCGGCACCAACCUGCCCGUGGCCCCAGAUGCCCCAGCACCUGUUGCUCUGGCUGCCCCAGGUCCCCUCCCCGAGCCAGUUCAAGACACCCCUGAAGUCGCCGCCGCUAAGGCCGCCUUCCAGGCUGCUUACGAUGAGGCCGCAGCCGCUGCCGCCGCCGCCCCCGACAGCCGUAAGAAGCGCUCCCUCGUGGCUGCACCCGCCCUCACCCCCUAUUCCGCUUUUGGUUUCCCCUACGGUUUCACUGGUGCCCUGAACUACGCCCACCCAGGUGUGUUUGGAUCUCAUCUCGGCUACUCCGCCGCCUACCCGUACGCCACCCUCCGUGAUGCUGAGUUGCUCCGUAUUAUACACAACCCAGGCCACGCUGUCUCCUACCGCGUCGACUAAGCCACUAUGUCGGGAUCCAGCUGUCUCCUACGCCGUGUUCCAGGUGUCGUAGAGUUCCUGUCGUGGAGGUCGUGAUGUAUGGCUCACAAUGUAACGACAUCGAACUUUGAUUGAUUACACAAAUGUCUCCAGUAAUCUCAUCAUGGAGAAUUCGAUGACAAUAGUUGAGGUGACCAUCACAACAUCUACACCUCCACGGCUUGGUGUUGACGAGCCUCCGCGGUCUGUAUAUACGUGUUCAUGUUGACCUUAAUCUUCACAUUGCUGUGAUCAAGGCGUCGUAGAGCAUUAGUACAGAGGAUAUAAAUGGCUGCUAAAGAUACUCAAUUCAUAUUUGUAAAGUUCAACACUAAAACAUGAUUUCUUCAAGAAUGAAAACCUGACAUUAAUCGCCUCUGAGCUGGUGUUGACGCGCCUGUGAUCACGUCUACAUGUACUGUACUGUAAUGACAUUUAAAAAAAAGUUAGUUCUUACAAUCAAUUUCUUUUCUCCAGAAUUUAUAUGUAAAAUUAUCAUUUAAAUUGUAUCUGUAAGCUACUCAUUACAAUUCGCAAUGUAAAUUUCAAAUACUCCCCAGUGUUAUGUAAAUAAAGUAUAUUUGAAAAUA